AUGGCGGCGGAGGAUUCAGAACUUCUACUUAUGGAUGUCGAUCAAUUGGACUUCCUAGAUGACGGGACGGUGCAAAAAAAUGAUGACAUGGCUGAUGACGAUGAAGAACAAUUCUAUGAAAGAGAUCCAGUCAGUGGGGCUAUCCUGGUUCCUAUGACUAUAAAUCAUCAGCCCAUUAAAAAAGAUGGAGAGAAAGUACCCCUGAAGUUUAGAUUGGGGCCAAUUUCCACUCAAAAUAUGGGAUUUAUAACUGCAAAAGAUAACUAUAAACUUUACCCCGUCAAAAUUCCUAGAGUUGAUACCAGUAAAGAGUUCACCACGUACGUGUCGGGUUUAUUUGAAAUUUAUCGUGAUUUGGGUGAUCAUAGAGCAUUCAACGUACCAACCAUUGGGGUCGUUAAUUCUAAUUUUGCAAAAGAACAUAAUGCAACCGUAAACCUGGCUAUGGAAGCUAUCCUGAAUGAAUUGGAAGUAUUCAUCAACAGCAUUAAGGACCAGAAUGGAAGACUGAAUAGAUUUUAUGAGUUAGAAGAAUCUUUAACCGUCCUAAACUGUUUGAAGACAAUGUACUUCACAUUAGACGGUCAAGAUAUAGAAGAGGACAGACCAAAAUUCAUUGAAUCAUUGUUAAAUUGGAUUAAUAGGUCAGACGGCGAACCGGAUGAGGAAUAUAUAGAGCAGGUUUUUUCAGUUAAAGAUUUAAAAUCUGGUAAAAAGGUAUUCGAGACACAAUAUUUUUGGAAACUUCUAAAUCAAUUAGUACUUAGGGGCCUGCUCCCUCAAGCUAUAGGUUGCAUUGAAAGAUCACAUAUUCUAACAUAUCUAAAUGACACAUGUGCCGUUUCAUUCGACGCAAUAGGUGACUCCGUUGAGCUCCUGAAGCAAUACCCAAGAGAUUCUUCCAAUACAUUUAGAGAAUGGAAAAAUUUGGUGCUAAAAUUAGGUCAAGCCUUUGGUGGUUCUGCCACUACUAUAUCUGGUGAGCUGCGGGAUUAUAUUGAAGACUUCUUGUUAGUGAUGGGAGGUAAUCAACGAAAAAUUUUGCAAUAUUCAAGGACGUGGUAUGAAUCCUUCUGUGGGUUUUUAUUAUACUAUAUUCCCUCGUUAGAAUUAUCGGCAGAAUAUUUACAAGUAUCACUGGAAUCUAACGCUGUUGAUGUAACAAAUGAUUGGGAACAAUCAUGCGUUGAUAUCAUUGGCGGUAAGAUACACUCUAUUCUACCGGUAAUGGAAUCUUUGGAUAGUUGCACAGCUGCAUUCACUGCUAUGAUUUGUGAAGCCAAAGGCUUGAUAGAGAAUGUGUUUGAGACUAACAAAAGUUUCGGUGAAUACGGUCACGAAGAUAAUGAAAUGCUCGAGGAUUUAUUCUCUUAUAAGAAUGGUAUGGCAUCUUACAUGUUAAACAGCUUCGCUUUUGAGUUGUGCUCACUGGGUAAUAAGGAACUAUGGCCCGUUGCCAUUGGUUUGGUAGCGUUAUCUCUCACGGGGACGAGAAGUGCGAAGAAAAUGGUGAUCGCAGAGCUGCUUCCACAUUACCCAUUUGUUACAAACGAUGAUAUUGAGUGGAUGCUAAGUAUAUGUGUGGAAUGGAGACUACCAGAAAUAGCAAAAGAAAUAUAUACCACAUUGGGUAACCAAAUGCUGUCGGCCCAUAAUAUAAUUGAAAGUAUUGCAAAUUUCAGCAAAGCUGGUAGAUUUGAAUUAGUCAAGUCCUAUUCAUGGUUACUAUUUGAAGCGUCGUGCAUGCAGGGACGCAGAUUGGACGAUCCUGUGUUGAAUGCCAUCGUGGGCAAUAGCGCCACUACAAAAGACGAUGUUAUGAUACCAGAAGACAUUUUGAAUUGCGUAGUGACAAAUGCCAUGCGUCAAACUUUAGCGCCAUAUGCCGUUCUGUCACAAUUUUACGAAGCUAGUGACAGUGGAGAUUGGGAUCAAGCAUUACAUUUAUUACUUUUGCUAAUUGAAUUCCCUUAUUUACCAAAGCAUUAUUUGGUUUUGCUUUUAGCAAAAUUUCUGUAUCCAAUUUUCCUCUUAGACGACAAAAAGACAAUAGAUGAAAAUUCGGUGACAAAAAUCAUUGACGUUAUAGAAACUGAAUGGGAUGAAAAUGAUGAAAAAAGUUCGAACCUGUAUGAAACUAUCAUUCAAACAGAUAAGAUUUUACCUGAUAGUACAGCGGAGCUGUUAAAGAAUAUAAGAAAAAAGUUGAAUUUCAAGUUAUGUCAAGCCUUCAUGUAA